AUGCCAAGGGUCUUAAGUGCAGAUAAGGCCGGGCGGGAGAAGUCUGGGUUGCAGGCUGCGAGCCCCGCGUCCACCCCACUAGCCCGCAGCCCGCAGCCGAGCGCCCUGAGCCCGCGGCUCGCAGACGCCGCUCUGCCUUCCCCAGGGAAAAGCGGCUGUCCGGGCGGCCCCCGAGGACAGCCCAAGACCCAAGGGCUUGCGGCAAAAAGCAAAACCAAAAAGCACGCCAGAUACCCGCCGGGGCGCGCGAGGCUCCACGGCGGGGCAGCUCGCCGGGCCAGGGAUGGCGGUGCGGGGAGAGGAAGCGCCGGCGCUGUCACCGCUGAGGCCCUUUCGUCACCGUCACCCUGCCCUCGCCAGCCUCCACCCCCAACCCCAGGGCUGACAAAAGUUUGCCAAGUCCCGCCGCCCCGGCUGCCGAGCCCCUCGGGGAGCGCCGCCAGCCCGACUCACCUCCGCUCGGGCGCCCGCUGCCCAGCCCCCGCUCACCUCGGCACCCGCGCGCUCGCCCGCCCGCCCGCGGCUCCCACCGCAGCCAGAUAA